AUGGAGCCUUCGGGCGAGCCGGAUGCCACCUCCGGGUCGAGCAAGGAGUCCAUUGAUCACGAGACCCUCAAGUACUCCCUGCUGGGCCCCUCCCUGACUAAAGCCGGUCAGGAUGCUGUCGACCAGAGAAAGGUCUCCGAGAUCAUCUACAACGCCUCCAAAGGCUCCAAGUUCUUCAACCACGAGCAGAACCGCGACAAGGUCCUGACGGUGAAGAUCGAUCGCAUCCUCAGGGAGAAGGCCCGUCUCGAAAAGCUUGAUCUCACGGCCGAUCUCCGCCGCGCGGACCAGCUCAUCGCGGAGCUGGAACUGACCCGCGAUCUUUCCCAGCAUGUCGUGCACGUGGACUGCGAUGCCUUCUUCGCGGCCGUUGAAGAACUCGACCACCCCGAAUUGAAGACCGUCCCGAUGGCUGUCGGCAAGGGAGUGCUGACGACCUGCAACUACGAGGCGCGCAAAUUCGGCUGUCGAAGCGGCAUGGCCUCGUUCGUGGCGAAGAAGCUCUGCCCGCAGCUGAUCUGCCUGCCGCAGAACUACGACAAAUACAGCGCGAAGGCCAAGGAAAUCCGCGCCAUUUUCUCUCAGUACGACCCCAUGUUCGAGAGCGCCAGCAUCGACGAGGCCUUCCUUAACUUGACGGCCUACUGUGUCGAAAACGAACUCAACCCGGAGGAGGCAGUUCAGCGAAUGCGCGCCGAAGUGCUCGAGAAAACCCAGAUCUCCGUCUCGGCGGGCAUCGCUGCAAACGCAAAGAUCGCCAAGAUCUCAUCCAACAAGAACAAACCGAACGGGCAGUUCUGCGUCCCGAACGACAGGGCCACCAUCAUGGAUUUCAUGAAAGAUCUCCCCGUCCGCAAGGUCAACGGCGUCGGCCGUGUCUUCGAGCGGGAGCUCGACGCCAUCGGGAUCAAAACAUGCGGCGACAUCUACCCGCAGCGAGCCUUUCUCACCAAACUAUUUGGCGAAAAGGCCUUCCAUUUCCUUGUUCAAUGCUACCUCGGCCUGGGCCGGACGAAGAUCCAGCCCGUAGAGAACUAUGAGCGGAAGAGCGUCGGGACGGAGCGCACAUUCCACGAGAUCGGAAACAAGGAAGAAUUCCGGGCAAAGCUAUGGUCGAUCGCCGAAGAGCUGGAGAAAGACCUGGCAAGAACGGAGUUCAAGGGCCGCACGCUCGUUCUGAAAGUAAAGCUGGCCACAUUCGAGGUCCUGUCCCGACAGUGCCAGCCUCCGAGAGCCGUCUCCACCGCCAAGGACCUCUACGCCUUUUCCCUCCCAAUGCUGGAUAAACUCGAAAAAGACAUCCCCGACCUGAAACUCCGUCUCCUCGGCCUUCGCUGCACGAAUCUCGUGAGCACCAAGAAAUCCGGCAUCGAGCUCUUCGGCUUCACCGCCGUGCCUAAACCCGUCCCGGAAACGGAAACGGAAUCAUCCUCUGACAACCCCGCGGAGCAAGAGCUCGGUGCAGAGGAAGCCUUCGAACGAGCCGCCCGUCAGGAACUGCAGGAUGAAAUUAAUGACCUGGAGAAACUCAGCCAGGAAGUCGCCGAGUCUGCGGAGAUACAGGGAACAGACGGCCCGCCGGCGCAGCCGGUGUACUGGGACUGUCCCAUCUGCUCGAAACCGCAACUCGCCGAUGAUCGUGUCUUUAAUGAUCACGUCGACUACUGUUUGUCCAAACAGACGAUCAAGGAGGCCGUCCAGGGUGCCUCGGAUCUCCCUGACGCUUCUUCUGCUUCUCCUGCCCCUUCUGCAUCGAAGCCACGGAAACGGAAACCGAACGCCCCGGAGUCGCCCGAUCCGCGGCAGAAACGGCUGUUCUUUUCGUGA